CAGAGAGUAGAGGCUAGUUUAUGUAAAUGUUUAAAAGUGUAUAAAUAUAGUAAAUAUAAAGAUGAAAUUAGAGAGAUUGUGUUUAUGGAUCAGUUUGUUGAGUUCAGCAUUAAUAUUCGCAGUGUGGGCUGAGCGGUCCUUCUCUAUAGACUACAGGCGGAACAGUUUUUUGAAGGAUGGAGAACAGUUCCGGUACAUCUCAGGCAGUAUUCAUUACUCCAGAGUACCACGUUACUACUGGAGAGAUCGACUGCUCAAGCUCUACAUGAGUGGCCUCAACGCCAUCCAGGUGUAUGUAAUGUGGAACUACCAUGAGCAAGAGCAAGGUCAGUACAGUUUUGAAGGGGACAGAGACCUGGAUCAUUUCCUGCACUUAGCUAAUGAGACAGGACUGCUGGUGAUCCUGAGACCAGGACCGUAUGUUUGUGCUGAGUGGGACAUGGGUGGUUUACCUGCAUGGCUGCUGCAGAACCCUAAAAUUAUCCUUCGUUCAGCAGAUCCUGAUUACAUGCAGGCUGUGAGUAACUGGAUGGCGGUGCUGCUGACUAAAAUACAACCCUGGCUCUAUCAGAAUGGAGGAAACAUCAUCAGUGUGCAGGUGGAGAAUGAAUAUGGCAGUUAUUUUGCAUGUGAUUAUAACUACAUGAGAACUUUGCGCUUGUUGUUCCGAUCCUUUCUUGGUGAGGACGUGGUUCUCUUCACCACCGAUGGAAACACAGAUAAAGAGCUGGUGUGUGGUACGCUGGAGGGACUGUAUACCACCAUUGACUUCGGCACAGGUACAAACAUCACUGCUGCAUUCCAACGUCAGAGGAGAUUUGAACCCAAAGGCCCACUGGUUAAUUCAGAGUUUUACACCGGUUGGCUGGAUCAUUGGGGAGAUAAACAUUCUUCUGUCCAAUCACAGGAAGUCAGUAAGAUGCUACGAGAAAUGCUUAGCAUGGGCGCUAAUGUUAACAUGUACAUGUUUGAAGGAGGAACUAAUUUUGGUUACUGGAACGGAGCGGAUUAUGAUCCAAGGUUCCGUCCUGUAGUGACCAGUUAUGAUUAUGAUGCUCCGUUAACAGAAGCUGGAGAUCCCACAGAGAAACUGCAGGCCAUCAGAGACAUCAUUAAAGACUUCCGAGAUGUUCCUGCAGGACCCUUCCCUCCAGCCACCUUAAAGAUGGCGUAUGGGUUUGUGAUGUUGCAGAAGAUGGGAAACGUCAGUAGUUUGUUGGAUGUUCUGUCACCACAGGGUCCAGUGAGAUCAAAAAACCCUCUAACAUUUGAGGAAAUCAAACAAUAUUACGGUUAUGUGCUGUACCGGACGCUGCUUCCAUGGAACCUUCCAGAUCCAACACCACUGAUUUCACCGAUGAACGGUAUCCAUGACCGAUCGUACAUCUCUGUUAACGGGGUGUAUCAGGGUGUGAUGGAGAGAGAUGUGACGUUGGUGAUCAAUGUGACGGGGCGUGAAGGAGAUCGUUUAGAUGUUCUGGUGGAGAACAUGGGCAGAGUGAACUUUGGUUCUAAUAUUAAUGACUAUAAGGGCAUUCUGGGUAAUCUGAUCCUGGGGAAUGACGUGCUGUCUGAUUGGCUGAUCUUUCCUCUGGAUGUUGAUGGAGUCAUAGCAAAAGGUUUGCCACAGGCUGGAUGGCAUGAUGGCAAAUCAGAGGAGGAAACUGGACCAGCUUUUUAUUCAGGAACUUUCAAUUCCAACGGGGUCUCCAGAGAUACGUUCAUCAAACUCAACGGCUGGACCAAGGGUCAGGUGUUCAUUAAUGGUUUUAAUGUGGGUCGGUUCUGGGCUGCCCGUGGUCCUCAGCAUACACUCUACGUUCCUGCGUCACUAAUCAGCGCCACACUAACAAACAACAUCACUGUACUUGAACUGGAGAAACCAGCCAAUCACAGACGAGUGGUGUUUACAGACCGCCCACAACUCGACAACAUUACUGUCUGAUUAACACACACAUUAUACACAGACAUUAUAUACACACACACAUUAUAUACACACAUUAUACACACACACACAUUAUAUACACACACAUAUUACACACACACACAUUAUACACACACAUUAUACACACACACACAUUAUAUACACACACAUAUUACACACACACAUUAUACACAGACAUUAUAUACACACACAUUAUAUACACACAUUAUACACACACAUUAUACACACACACACAUUAUAUACACACACAUAUUACACACACACAUUAUACACACACAUUAUACACACACACACAUUAUAUACACACACAUAUUACACACACACAUUAUACACAGACAUUAUAUACACACACAUUAUAUACACACACAUAUUACACACACACACAUUAUACACAGACAUUAUAUACACACACAUUAUAUACACACACAUAUUACACACACACACAUUAUACACACACACAUUAUAUACACACACAUUAUACACACACACAUUAUACACACACACACAUUAUAUACACACACAUAUUAUACACACACAUUAUACACACACACACAUUAUAUACACACACAUUAUACACACACUAUACACAGACAUUAUAUACACACAUUAUACACACACACAUUAUACACACACACAUUAUACACACACACACACAUUAUAUACACACACAUAUUACACACACACAGUAUACACACACACAUUAUACACACACAUAUUACACACACAUUAUACACACACACAUUAUACACACACACACACACAUUAUACACACACAUACACACACAUUAUACAUACACACAUUAUACACACACACAUUAUACACACACACACAUUAUACACACACAUAUUAUACACACAUUAUACACACACACAUUAUACACACACAUUAUACACACACAUUAUACACACACACAUUAUAUACACACACAUAUUACACACACACAUUAUACACACACAUUAUACACACACACAUUAUACACACACAUUAUACACACACACACACACAUUAUAUACACACACAUAUUACACACACAUUAUACACACACAUUAUACACACACAUUAUACACACACAUUAUACACACACAUUACACACACACAUUACACACACACAUUAUACACACACAUACACACACAUUAUACACACAUUAUACACACACACAUUAUACACACACAUUAUACACACACAUUAUACACACACAUUAUACACACACACACAUUAUACACACACAUUAUACACAUUCACACACACUAUACACACACAUUAUACACACACAUUAUACACACACACACAUUAUAUACACACACAUUAGACACACACACAUUAUACACACACAUUAUACACACACACACAUUAUACACACAUUAUACACACACAUUAUACACACAUUAUACACACACACACAUUAUACACACACGUUAUACACACACACACAUUAUACACACACAUUAUACACACACACACAUUAUACACACACACACAUUAUACACACACAUUAUACACACACACAUUAUACACACACACACAUUAUACACACACACACACAUUAUACACACACAUUAUACACAUUUAUAUAUACACACACAGAUCUAGAAAUUGAAGAUGUGUAUAAUUUAUUGAUCUUUUCUGAUGAGUAUAAAAUUCUGUAAAGUUUGAAACAAAUGUAUUCAGAAGUGUAAAUGAUUUAUUACUAUUAAUAAUAAAUAAAAUGUUUUGAUGUGA